GUUCAGAAUGAGCGGCAGGAGAAGCUGGAAAUUAAUGCUUGGUUGAAGUAUAACUGGCGUGACAUGAAGCUACGUUGGGAUCCUCUGGAAUAUGAAAAUAUCACGGAUUUGAGGCAUCCAGCCGGAACGAUAUGGCAGCCUGACAUAUUACUUUACAACAGUGUCGAUUCGGCAUUUGACAGCACAUUUAAAGUGAAUGCAAUCAGUUAUAACGAUGGUUCGAUAACCUGGAUACCUCCUGGAAUAUUCAAAAUUUCUUGCAAAAUUGACAUCUAUUGGUUUCCAUUCGAUGAACAGAUUUGCUUUUUGAAAUUCGGUUCCUGGUCAUUCAGUGGACGUGAAAUAGAUUUACAACCAGGUGAUCUUGAUAUGUCAGAUUUCAUCGAAAAUGGCGAGUGGAUUAUUAUAAAAACAUGGGAUGAAAGAAAUGAAAAAUUUUACGAUUGUUGUCCUGAGCCUUAUCCAGAUGUUCGGUUUUUCAUCCAUCUCAAAAGGAGAACGCUAUACUAUGCAUUUAAUUUGAUAAUGCCGUGCAUGAUGACCCUUGUCCUGAUUAUACUAGGCUUUACCCUCAGUCCGGAUACUUGUGAAAAAGUGGGACUGCAAAUAUCUGUCUCGCUGGCUAUCUGCAUAUUUCUGGCGUUGAUGAAUGAAAUGACGCCGCUAACAUCGGAAGCCGUGCCACUGCUCGGAAUUUUUUUCCAAAGCUGUAUGGUUAUUUCGGUGGCCGCAACAUCAUUUACCGUUUACGCUCAAGCUGUACAUUUCCGAAAUCCCGAUACCCAAAUGCGAAUGAAUUUUUGGGAUUCUGGCAAAGUUUUUUUUGCGCUUAUCUCCUAUCCAGAUGUUUCCUUACGCCCGCGUGUACUAAAGAUGCGUUAUAUACUGCUGGAAUGGGCGCCUUAUUUACUGCGCAUGAAACAGCCGAAAAGGGAGAAUACACUGCAAACAAUUAAGCAGAGCUGGAAGGAACGGAGGAAUCGGUGUGAAGAUGAUCGAACUGCAUUCACCUACGGUAUUCGUGAGAGAAGCGACGACUUAAUUGAGGAGAAGCGAAUUGCAAACGAAUGGCGAUUCGCAGCAAUGGUUGUCGAUCGUAUCGGGCUAAUCCUCUUUUCUGCGAUUAUUGCUAUCACAUCGCUGACAAUUGCUGCCCGAGCACCAUACCUAGUCGCUUGA